ACCGCCGGUGACGUGCGCGCAGGGAAGCACCCAGCAGUAUGUGCGCGCCCACGGGAGGGGCCGAUAGAAAAUGGCGAGUCUGUGCAAAAGACAGCAAUGCACGAUAGAGAGGCGCGGCUUUCGGCAGGAACUUGACUCUUGGAGGCACAAACUCAUUCACUGUGUAGGCUUUGAAAGCAUCUUGGAAGGCUUGUUUGGGCCGGGAGUAGUCAAAGAUAUCACCCAUUUCCAAGACUGCGAGCCCGAGGAAGUGUCUGACUGGUCCUUUGAUGAAAACUGUCUCUUCUGCUGCUUAAGACGCGAGAAAGUCAAGGAGCACAGUGUCGAGAACGGUGGAGGCAGCCAGGUGCUGUCGGAGUGUGAAGACUUCAAACAGGAGCAGUCUCGGAUCAGCCGGCUGGAGAGACAGGCCCAAGACUUCCUCAAUGCUGUGUUCCACAGAAAAGACCUCCCAAGUUUCUCAGACCCUCACAUUCCUCUAGUGGCUCGUGAGAUCAUGCAGCGAAUGAUCCGCCAGUUCGCUGCGGAAUAUACCUCAAAAACUACUCAGGACGACCCGCCCCUGCCCAACGGCACCAUGAAGGACCAAAGCCUGCCAAGAGCGGCGUCUCUGGCCCCGGCCCCCUGCUCCCCACCCGGGCCCCUGCCCACGCCAAGCUCCCCUCCGUCAUCUGCCUCCUCCUCCCCGUCCCCGACCUCGGGACUGGGCCUCAGCCCCACCUCUGCCUCGGCCGCUGCUGCUGCCUCAGCACACGCCUGCACCCAGAGCAGCAACGGCACGGGAUCCAGUAACGGUGGAGGAGGUACGACCGUCGCCUCUGCACAGAAUCCCGUCCUCAGCAAACUUCUCAUGGCCGACCAGGACGGCCCGCUGGACCUCACCGUCAAAAAGGACCAGGUCGACCCAGAGCCGAGCCAGCAGGAUGGCGUCCUGGACCUCUCUACCAAGAAGAACCACAGCGCAGGCAGCCUCAAAGCCUUCCCCGGCUUCUCUUCUGCGCCUGGGGUCAAAGGACGUUCCCUUAAAGUGGAACAUACCCUGCCAGAGGUGGAUGAGGAGGACGGCCUGCUGCAGAGAAGCUUGCAGGACGGACUGAGGGAGAACUACAUCAGCUCCAAUUCUUUCAAGCCCCCAUUGGCCCGCUCGCUUCGCAUCAAGGAAGAGCUCCUCAGCCAGAAGCACCGCCUCCUGAGCCAGCCUGCUGCUCUUUCAUUGGCUAAUCUAGAGUCAGCCGGCUUGCUCAAUCACGGGCAGUCCCACUCCUUGCUUGGCCAGAAGGGCUCUUCCUCCUUCUGGGGGAGCAAGGCCCACCUUGACAGCCUGAUGAAAUUAAAGCAGGCCAGUGGAGCUCUGAGUGGGGCCCUCAGCGAGCUCAAAGACCUGCCUACAUUUCUGGAGAAUCACAACCACCACGGAGCCUUCUCCUUCAAGAGUUCCCUCCACCAUCACCACCACAAUCAGGUCUCCAAGGCCCAACACCACCACGAGGGCAAGAGAGACCAGGGCCAUUCACCUCCUGUUGACCUAAAGAUACCCCAGGUUCGGGGCAUGGAUCUCUCCUGGGACUCUCAUGCCUCUGAACUGUAUGGUUACGGCGCCAUGGGGGUUGGGGGUGGUGGCCAUGGGGAGAACACCUUGAGCCGGAAGCUGAGAGCCAUCCUACCCAAGCAGAACCGCCGGGGAGGAAGCCUUGGAAGCCUGUUGGACGGGGCGGCUGACUACUGGAGCUCUGACUUGGACCACUCCAGUUCUGGGCCAGCGUACUCCACCUCUGAUGUGGAAGGGGACCCAAACUCCAAGCAACCGAGGAAGAAGAGGGGCCGUUAUCGCCAGUACAACAGCGAGAUCCUGGAGGAGGCCAUUACAGUAGUGAUGAGCGGGAAGAUGAGUGUGUCCAAGGCCCAGAACAUGUACGGGAUCCCACACAGCACCCUGGAGUACAAGGUCAAGGAGCGCAUGGGAACCCUGAAGAAUCCCCCAAAGAAGAAGCUCAAGCUGAUGAUGAAGAUGGAAGCAGGAGGCCAGGAUUUUCCCGUGGAGUCAGAGAAUACACCCACCGCAACCUCACGAGAUGACGGCCCGCCACUGGCAGCUGCUGAGCUCAAGGACAAUGUAAAAGAAGAGAUUGAUGACAAUUUCAAACCAAUCGACUAAACGACUAACACAUGUAAACCUCAGUCAAAUGACAAAAGUAAUUUGAAAACGGAUCGGGCUUUAUUUGUGCCAAUUUACUUUGCAGUAUCUGGGUGAGCACAAACGCAGGGAUAAUAUGAGGAUUCUUAAAAAAACUGGAGAGAAACAACAUCGGAUGGUUUUUAAACAAGCGUCACUUGAACGACGCUGAACAUGCAUUUGUUUAGCUUUUAUAUCCAGGGGCUUAACAAAUGCAGCUAAAGACAAGAGUUAAAUGACAAUUAAUGAAGUUUCCUUAAGCAUGCUGAUAAUCCCCAGCCCCAAAACCUAAUCCCCCUCUUUUCUGAACUUGAUACACUGAACCUUUGCUGCUUAUAAAUGCAGUUUGGGGUUUGGACCAUUCCAAUUUGGGGGAAAAUGAGGGGAAGGUUGAAAAUUAACUCCUUAUAAAAAAAAACUGACAAAUUAAAGCCCCUUAACCGCUCCCCUCUGUCAUGGAGUACUAGCUGAAAAUUGGUAAGUGAACUGAUGAUUACAUUUGAAGCCAACUGUAAGGUUUAAUCAUGCCAUCGAUAUUCCUCACCAGGGUUCUGAAUCAAAACCCAUUUGCCAGGUAGCCAUGACGCUUUAACUGCAAACCUUUUCUUUCCUCCUUAAGAUAUUCUGCUAAUUUCUGUGUGGACGAAAGCAACAUUAACCCGUCCUUUUUGAACGAGAAAAGACACACAAAAGUCAUUCAGGGAUGCAUGUUUGUGAGUUUCGUGGAUACUACUGACUUCUAUAAUUCGACUUCUUUUCCUCUAUCUUUAUCUUUUCAUUUGAUUUUGCUUUCUUUUGCACUACACUUUGGGUCUGGCGCUUACAGACCAGGUUACCUCGGCAUUGUUGCCCUUGCAUCAUGCACUUAUUAUGGUCUGUCUCUGAAGCCCAGUCGCAACCUCGCAAUGGGUCAGAGGUGCACAUCGCCUGUGCACGCUGAUCCAUAAUCAGAUCCAGGAAGCUCUUUAACCCUCUUUUUUGCCAAGGGACAAGUUGAGGGGUAAUCUGAUUAUGGAUCAGCUGUUUUUAAGGCGGAAUGCUACCUCAUGGACCUCCAUCAGUGUCUCACUGCUGAUCCUGGAAUGCCAGAGCCGCCAUCAGGUCCGCCCUCCAAAUGGGUGGCCAAAGUGAGCUCAUCCCCUCAUGGAGAUCUUUAUUGGAUGAAGGCCUUUUAGGAUCAGAAUGUGAAACUCUGCUGCUAUCCAGUUGAUUAUCUAGCUCAUAUACAAGGCUUUAGCUAGUUUUAGCUAAUGAGUUUUAGCUAGUCCUAGCUAACAACAACACAUUGCUGAAGUUUUGUUUUUUUGCUUUUCUAAUCAAACUAAGCAGAAACAGCUUAGCUGAUGAAUUUUUAAAAAAAUUCUUCUACCCUCAAACUUCAAAGACAGUUUUAAAGGCAGUUUACUACGACAAUGUGCAUUUAUA